AUGAUCAUCAGAUUAUACUCUUAUUGUCAAUGUAUGGAAAAUACAAAGAAAUCUAGUAAUAGUCAUGACGCUACUACUACCACCGAGAGUAAAAUAAAUAUCAAUGAUGACAUCAAAGAAAAGUACGAUGUUUUAUCGGAACAAUUCGACUGUCUUUUGGCACUUAACAAUCCACACAAAGUAGUGUUACCGUAUCCCAAAGCAUUGCCUCUUGACAAUCUAUACAAGGCGAGAGUACUAUUGCCUCCUAGCGACCCAAACUAUGUAGCAAUCAAGACAUCUACCUCAUCUACAAAGCAAGCCAUUACAAGUAAAGUUAAACCUGAUGUCAUCAAUAAUUCGUCUUCCAGCUUACCAAAGACAACAGUUGUUUCAACUCAAUCUCUCACUUCAACUCCUACCCCCACUCCUACUCUUUCUUCCCCACCUAUUCCUAAUAGUAUUACACAACCUUUUGCCUCUCAAUUUUUUGAUAUUGAAUCAAUAACAAAUAAUAUUCUAUCAUUAACAUCAAAUAUAUCGGCAUCUACUACUCAGAAUGUUUCUAAUUCAAUAUUAUCAACAACAACAACAACAACAAUAUCAUCAUCGUCAUCAUCAGUGGAAGAACUAAAGAAAAGUAGUAUCAAGAAGACGGAAAGAGAGAGUCACAAGGUUUUCGAUAAUAUUGCUAAGAGGUUCACAGAUGGUCCACUAUCGCUGUUGAAAAGAGCAUUAGAAGGCAGAAAGAGAAUCAAAGCUGUUAUCAGAGGUUUAAGAGGAAUAAGAGGCUGCUGUAUUGGUUACAUUAUGGCAUUUGACAAACAUUACAACAUAAUUCUAACUGAUGUAGAGGAAGAAAUCAUUCGAAAGGUUUACAACAAUCACGAUACAUCAAUAAAUGAUAAACUUAACAAAGUAGACGAAGAACAAGAAGAAUAUGAUCCAACUAAACCUAGUAUUCCACCAACAACAACAACAACAACAACAUCCUACAAUCGUAUUAAACCAACAAUAACCAAAGAUAAAAGAUACUAUGGCCAAUUAUUUAUCAAAGGAAAUACUAUUGUUUCAAUAUGCUUAUUAUGA